AUGUUUGUUGAUGUAAAAAUGAAAACACCCAAGCUGAAAAAUCCACUUCAUCAUUGCGAGUUUCCUGAGCUGGAAUAUUUCAAAAUUGUUUUAAUUACUGAUGAAAAAGGUUAGUUGUGCUCAGUGGUAUAGCCAGCCCGACAAUUUAGUCCCGCUAUGCAAAUUCAAAAUUAUUAUCAUUAUUCAUUUCUUUGGAAAUUGAUUGUGUUCACAGUAAAUGAACACAAAAAUAUUUGCAUAGCGGGACUAAAUCGUCGGGCUGGCUACGCCACUGCAUGGUUGUGCUGCAGACUAUCUGUUUUAAUUUGUAUUUAGCAUAUUGCAAUAUUAAUUUGAUAGUACAAGUAUGUAUACAGUAGAUUCAGGUUACUGAUUUUAUACAAAUUUGUUAUACGAGCUUGUGCAGUUCUAAAUCAUUCAAUGUGUUUAAUUAAAAGCAAUAAUUAUUUCUGUUUGAGCAAAUUUUCAAUUUUAGAUAAUUUAAACUAAAUAAUUUUUAUCUUCCAGUCUUUUCUUAUUCAUGCAAGUUCAUUUGCUUAAUUAUGUAGUAGGUUUUUUAGGUACUAGUUAUUUUAAAGUUUUAAAAAUAUUCAUUUUGUUCAAAAUAUUAGUCAUACACUUAUUUGUAUAUUUAAUGUUUGCCACUCUGAGGACUGGAAAGCCUUUACAGGUUUUACUUAAAACCCAAUUAGAAAGGGCCAGAGGCUUAGUUCAAAAUGUCUACGUUAAGCACCCCUGACAAUCUCCUGCCACCCAAGUUUUUCCUCAUAUCAUGUGCAUAUUUGUGUAUUAUUUAAUGAAUUAUCUAGUUGUUGACUAUUGAAUCUUAUGCUUUUAUUGUAAUUUGUAAAAGUGAGAGUUAUGGAAACUUAUUUAGAUGGGACAGGGUAUAGUACUUAUGGUAACCAGUAUCCAGAAGUGGGAUACUAGAUUCUCAGGGGGAUACUAAACUUUGAAUCCUGGUAUAUCCCAGUUGGAUACUGAAAAAAAAUUAAAUUUCAGACGUGGGAAAACCGGAGUAGCCGGAGACAACCCUCUAGGCACAGGAGAGAACUAACUGAACUCUACUGCAUGAGUUGAAAUGCCCACUGGAACCUCCUCAACCAAAGUAGUAUUGUGUUUAGACGUGUUUGUAGCAGGCUUCACUCAGUGGUAAGAGGCAGUGCCUUAGCGUGCUCGGCCACCCAUACUCCUCAACACCGUAGUCAGUACUUAAUUAAUACUGUACUCAAUUAGUCAAGUACCGGAUAUUAGUCCUACUGUAGUUUAUUAGUUAAGUCAUCUGCUUGCUAUAAUAUUAGUAGUGUAUAUAAAAUAAUGUGUUAAUUAUUCACUAAAUAAAUAUGUUUCUUUAUAUUAAUAGGGUUUCAACAUGAGUACCAAGUGAAGUUUUGCAGAUGCAGAAGUGAAGCAUGCACAUUAGUUGAGCUUGGUCUCUGGCCUGCUACUCCUACCAAACCUGUAAUGGCUUUUACAUUUGGUUUGAUGGAACUAGUGGAAAAAAUGUUUCUUGUUGCCAAGGUGUCGGUUCAGCAAUGUUGUGCAUCCCUUCCUGCAUUUUCACAUUUUCCUGUAAGUAUCAUGAUAGUGAUGAUAAUUCCAAUUUGCACUGUGCCUAAUAUGACUAAAGGGAUACCGAAUGGUUUUCCGUGCAGGAUUGCAUGAUCCAUGCACGAAGGAUGUUGUGAGACUUUCGGAAAGCGUAAAAAUACUCGAGCCGCAGGCGAGUGUAUUUUUACGCUUUCCGAAAGUCGAGCAACAUCCCAAGUGCAUGGAUCACGCUAUCCUGCUUGGAAAACCAUUUGGUAAUUGUUUUAUAAAAUAACUACAGUGAAACAACGACAUUUUGUGAAUCCCGCGAAAAUCCAGCGAAGGCAUUUUAAUUCCUUGUGCAGGAUAGCCUGAUCCUGCACAGCUAUUGACCAAUCAAAUUGCGUGUUUCACUGUAGUUAUUAUAUAAAGUGUAUUACUGAGUAACUCAGUAACAUGUAAUGCUCAGUAACUUAGGACCUAUAUUUCCCAAGCUUGAUUUUCAUAUAUUUUGGUUUUAAAAUUUCUAGAGACUUGAAAUAGUAAUAGAUUACAGCAUUGAAGGACAACACUUGGAACAAGUAAUGAAUGUAUGUAUAAAAGAUACUAAAACAUCUGCUCAUAGUGCAAACAGAUAA